AUAUAACCUCCAUGUUCACAGGGUUUACUGUUGAUCAUUUUCAAAUGAUAUUUUGAAGGGUCAAAUUAGAGUUUUCUUUUAAACUCUAUAUAUUUUUAUAAAAAUUUAUUCGAAAUAGAAUAUAAUCAUCCAAAGUAUAGAUCUUUUUUUUUUUUAUGUUUAUUGGACAACAGUGAUAUAUUUUUACAUUAUAGGUUAUGCUAGUUUGAAAAUGCAAUAUACUCUUGAUGGUAAAAUAAAUGCUUUGAAACAGAUAUCUCAGCGAAAGCUUCUCAAUAUCCUUGAUAAAAUCCCAGGCCGGAAAGAUUUUAUUGUUGAUGUUAAUCUCAUAAAGCCUUUAGAACACAUCAUAGGAGUUGCCAAGUUGAGAUCAAGUGGUGUUGAUAAGAUUUACAAACUUGAAAAAACUCCUAUUCCAUGUACGAAUACUCAGAGGGUUUUCUUUAUUCAAGGAGAUCUGAUAACAGUUAAGCAUGUUUGCGAUAAGAUAAAUAGUGAACUCACACAGCAAAAUGAUGGAAAUUCUUAUCACUUAAUAAUAGUAUUCCGAAAGUUAGGAUGUGCUAUGAAAUUGUUGGAAGAAGAAGGAGUAUAUGGAUGUGUGCAAGUGUAUAAUUUCUUAUGGGAGUUGAUAAGUUUAGAAAACAGAGUUUUAUCUCUAGAAUUUCAUAACUUUUAUAAAUAUCUUUUUGUGAAUGGUGAUCAAAGUUAUUUGCCUUGUGUUGCAAAAUCAAUAUGGACUCUACAAAUGAUUUUUGGCAAACCUUCUACAACUUUGAUACAGGGUAAAUAUUCCCACCUGGUUGAUAAAAUGCUUGAUGUUUAUUGUGAGGAAUUAGGACGACCUAAUUCAGCUGAAUCAGAUAUAUCAUGUUUUGUCAUAGUCGACAGAGAUAUUGAUUAUGCCAGCACUUUGUUGACUGGUGGAACUUAUUCAAGUUUAUUAGAUGAAGUUUUCGGGAUUAGAAGUGGCUAUGUGGAAGUUAAACAACCAGAUAAGAAUGAAAAACCUUCAAGCAGUGGUCAUUAUUUGAAUAAUGCAGAUGAAAUAUACUCGCAAAUUAAAAAUAGACAUUUUUCUGAUGUUUUUCCAUUUUUGAGUGCUCAAACUAAAGAACUAAGUGCUGAGUAUCAGAAAAGUCAAAAGAUGAAUAUCCAAGAAAUGAAGCGUUAUGUAUCAGAAGAAUUGUCUCUGGUGGCCAAGAAGAAAAUGAUGUUGGCAUAUCAUAUUAUUGCUUGUGAAGCUAUUAUUAGUGAUAUGGGUCAGAGAUUUGAAAGUUUACAGACAUGCGAGAGAAACAUGGUGGUUGGUAGGAAUCAUAGAGAUUGUGUUAAUUAUAUUGAAGAGUGCUUGGCAAUGAAUACAUGUAGUCAAUAUUCUAUUUUGAGACUAAUGUCGCUUCUUUCUAUAACUCAAGAUGGUAUUCCUUCUGAUGAAUAUCAGCGAUUACGAAUGCAGUUUCUUCAUGUGCAUGGCUAUCAGAAUCUGCCUGGUUUUUUUUAUCUGGAAAAAUCAGGCUUAUGUAUUGAACAACCAGGUAUUAUUCCUGAAGUUCGGGGAGCCCAAAUUGCUAACAAAGUUGUCCAAGCAGUUUCACUUCCUGCUAGGAGAAGUACGUUUAGCUCGUUUUCUCAAAAAUUAAAACUAUUCCCUGAUAUCAUGGAAAGUUAUGAUCUGAAAAAUGCCAAAGAUUUAGGUUUUGUAUUUGGUGGCACAUACAUUCCUGUAGUAUGUCAACUUAUUCAUAUUUUAUAUAAACAGGAAAUGUCACACGAAGACCUAAUGAAAAUGGUUCCUCAUUUGAGUAUCAAGUAUAAUAGAAAUGUUAAUACAGCCAAAUACUUAAGGACUUUUGUUGUUUAUUUCAUUGGCGGUGUCACUUAUGCUGAAAUAUGCGCUUUUCAGUUACUUGAAAAAUUAACUGGUGCUAAAAUCGUUGUUGCAUCUACUUCCAUUACCAAUGGUAAUCAUUUGAUGAAGUCCUACUUUAACUGAACAAGACCAAUGCUUACUUGAUUUGCCUUUUAACAUAUAUAAAACAAGGGAAUCAUAUAUUUUAAAAUGUACAUAAUGAUAUAUUUUAUGUAAAAAUAUAUAUUUUUAUUAAAGUUUAAAUGCUAAAUUUUAUGAACAUUAGAUGUUGUAAUGAGAUAAGUUGCUAUUAUAUUUUUUAUUCAAAUUUACAAAUGUGUAAGAAGUAAUACAGAUAAUAGUAGAUCUGCUGUAAUAAUAUAAAACAUGGUAGCUUUUGGAGCAACUACACAUUGGUACCAUUUCAAUGUUUAUUUUAAUUCAGGAGAUCCCUUGACCAUCAUCUUUUCAAAUGCCUUGGAGUGUUGCUUGGAAUAGUUCAGGAUGAAAGUUUAAGAAUUAGAGGAUUUGGGUGGGCUAGAAGUUAGCAAUUAAAGAAUUAUAUCUAUUUCGAAGCAAAUCUGCUACAAAAGAAAUAUUGAAGGCUAAAGGAUAAUUUUAUUUGAGACAAAAUAAGGAGCAUUAUGAAUUUUGUACUGUAAUGAUUGGAUAUAGGAGGAAUUCAAUGGUUUCUUGGAUCUCCAAGACUCAGUUAUUUAUUUCCAAAUGGGUGUUAUAACUAUAGUGCGUAUGAUCUUCUUUUAGUAUAUUGAAAUUAUAGUGUUUGUUAAGAAAUAAACAAAAUAACUCUAACUUGAAGGGAUAAAUAACCUUAAUUGAAAAAAAAAUGGUGCUUUCUCCAUUUUAUUAACUCCAGUUAUUACUCUUUUUAAUCUAAUUUUAAAAAGUCUGAUUUAAACUUAAGUUAAAUAUUCCGGA